CAACCAGACUUCUGGGCUGUUCAGGAUUUUGGAGAGGAGGAGCGCACACUUUUUCCUCAUUUCACUACUACUACGUUUACCCUGCAGUCACGCUUGCAUCACUUCGUCUCCACGUCUGCCUGCCCUCUCCAAACGAUACGAUAUUUGACCCUUUAGGCUUCUCUUCAGCGAUUCUCCUGCUUUUGAUUUUCGGUUCCACCAUCAGCCAUGUUGAUCAUUUUGGCCCUCAUCAUCCUCUUCCACAUCACCUCAGCAAUUCUACUCUUCAUAUCAACCAUCAGAAACGUAUGGUGGGUCUGGAAGGAUUACUCCUUAGAUCUCUGGUAUCACUGCAACUCCACAGACUGUUAUGAUAUACCGAAUAGUGCAACCUAUGAUGCAGCCUAUCUUCAGACUGUCCAGGCCACCAUGAUACUGGCCACUAUCUUGUGCUGUGUGGGUUUCUUUGUCUUCAUCCUUCAGCUCUUCCGUCUGAAGCAGGGAGAGAGAUUUGUCUUCACGGCCAUCAUCCAGCUCUUGUCUGCUUUCUGUGUCAUGACCGGCGCAUCUAUCUACACAGCAGAGCACUUAAGCUUCAAAAACGAGAAUUUUAAGGAUGGAGACUAUGGAUAUUCCUUUGUUGUGGCUUGGGUCGCGUUCCCCAUGACGCUGCUGAGCGGCUUGAUGUAUCUAGUGCUAAGAAAACGCAAAUAAAGCACAACACACCACCUCACUAGCUGCACCCUUAGCCAAGAGACUUUAUUUGUAAUGACACUUGUUUUUUAUAUGUAGAUUAAAUAUUUGCCAAAGUUAGAAUGAAGUAGAUGAUCUUAUAAUAUUACAUUUACAUUACAUUUAUUCAUUUAGCAGACGCUUUUAUCCAAAGCGACUUACAGGCAUACUGGAAACAUAAUUAGAUUUUAUUCAUAGUAUGUCACAUUUUUUUACCUUGUUAUGUAUAAUUUAGCUCUACCUGCCCAGUAAAAGAAGUGCUGUGAUUUAGAAAGGUAAAAUAGGGCAUGGAAAAACACAAAGAGUGGGAGAUAUAAUAGGACAUACACAUAUAUAUAUAAAUACAGUGGAACCACUAUGGGCUCAACAUGUAAUGCAUGAUGUGAAACUGGCCUUAUAUGUAACACUUGGUGUGUAGUAAAUAACAUGCUAGUGUGAUUUUUCCUGGUCAUUAUAUGUGCCUGGGGAAAAAGUAAUUCAAAAUUAAAUCUGAAUGAAAUAUUGUGCUGCCAGUUUGCUGAGCACUAUAUCAUACUUGAAGCUGAACAAAUUAUCAAUAUUAGUGGCACGAUGUGUUCUCGUGUAUAGAGUUUUUUUUUUUUUUUUUUUUUGGAAAAUAGUCUUUUAGUGUUGACUAAUUAUAUUGCAUGUUUUUGUAUUUGUUUGCAGCAUUUAAUCUGAAAUCACUAUUAACAAAAAGAGUACAGAUUUGUAGUUCUUUUAGGCAUUUUGUUUGAUUAGGGCACUUGGGAUUUAUGUCAUAUUCAUGCAAAUAACCUUGAGAUGAUGGUGUUGGUGAAGCACACCAAUGGUUUUAGUUUUCCUUUCUUCUGUAAUCAUUUCAUCAACAAAUCUGCUAUGGAAUAAAAAGCAAUUAGCUAAUAUUAUUUAGACGAAAAAGUGAAGUUAAGCUGUAUUUAUUAAGACUAACUGCAUUGUUGCUGUUAAUAUUUUUUGUAAUGAAGUAUUAUAUCAAUAGGCCUGAACAUGUUUGUAUAAUGCUUAAUUUUCAGAAGAUUUUUAAUGAAUAUUAGUGAAGGCUUUUGUAAUUGGAAUGAAACCACAAUGGCAGCUUUGUAUUUAAAUGUCUGCUGAGUUGUUCAGGUCAGGUCUGUUUCUGGAGACUGAUCGCCACCAAGGGCUUAAUAUUGUUCUUUUUCUUUUUUUUUUUAUCAAAUAAAUGUAUUUUACAUUAACAAA